GUGCAGAGACCGGACUUUACCCCCACCAAAUGGCACGUCAAGAACUACCACCCGGACCGCCUGGCGCCGGGAUACUGGUUCAUCGGCCCUUACCGCGUCCUCGACCAAACCACCUUCGGCCACGGCUGGGUCGGCGCACACAUCUUCGAUGGAGACGGAGAGCUGGUGUGGAGCGGGGCGAACAUGUUUUCCCAAGGCAAUGUCGAGGACUUCCGCAUCAGCAACGUCGAUGGCGAAUACCUCAUGACGUUGAUGGAUCAGGGUAGCAAUUCCAUGGUCGUCCUCGAUAAUCAAUACGAAGUCCGCGAUCGCUUACGCAUCGACAACUUCAACUCCCACGAGCUCCAUUUUGUCGACAACGGAACGCGCGCGUUGGUCAUUCGGGGCAAUCCGCGUCAAGCUCCGCCGGACAUGGCUCGCACGAUCGGCUAUAACGAUGGGGAAUGCCACGUCCAAUUCGAAAUCUUCCAGGAAUUGGAUGUGACGAACGAUUACGAGCCCACGUUCACCUGGUACAGCUGGAACCACAUCGGACUCAAUGAGAGCACGUUGACCGAGGGAAGUCCGGCGAGGAGGUGUAUGGGCGGCCCUUGGGACUAUCUCCACCUGAACUCGGUGGACAAGACGCCCGAAGGCGAUUACCUCAUCUCCGGAAGACACACCGACGCGCUGUACAAGGUGUCCAAAGACGACGGCCACAUCAUUUGGCGACUAGGGGGAUCGCACUCGGACUUUCCCACUGCCGGCGACUUGUACUUCACCCGGCAGCACGACGUCCGCUACCGCGGGCAGAACGAAACGCAUCUCCUGCUCUCAAUCCUCGACAACGCAAAGGGCAUCGAUCAUACCAGCCCGCCGUCCUACCCCUUCUCUCGUGGUCUCCUCCUCGCCAUCAACGAGAAGGAUAUGACGUACCACAUCGAGCUCCAGAUCGACCACCCUGAGACCGACGACCGCUACUCCUGGCGACGCGGCAACUACCAAGUCUUGUCGAACGGUAACAUCUUCAUGGGCUGGUCAGAGCAAGGCGUACAAAGCGAGCACAGCGCCGACGGCGAACUGCUGAUGGAAGCAAUCUUCGCCGUCGACUGGCUGGGCACUUAUCGCCAAUACAAAUACCCCUUCGUCGGCAUGCCCAACACCCUACCCGACAUCCACUCUCGUGUAGACGCAAGUGGCCCGGAUAACACCACCAACACAACGACCGUCUACGUGAGCUGGAACGGCGCAACAGAAGUGCGCACAUGGGAACUGUGGGAAGCCAACGUGGCCGGCCACGCCGUCGAACACCUCACCACUUCCGCGAAAAAGGGCUUCGAAACCAAACUCGAGCACACCGGCCACGCGGCCCGCGUGGUAGUCAAAGCGCUCGACAAGAACGGCAAAGUCCUGGGAACGUCAGCAUCUUUCAAAACGCUGAUCGGCGACGAGGUAGCGCCGCCCACGCCGCCCGCGGCCCCCAGCUUCUUCUCCCUCGGGUGGAUCUUCUCGAGCAACCUCUUAGCCUUCGGCUGCGGCUUCGCCGGCAGCAGUCUGGUACUACUGGUGCUGUGGCACUUGAAGCCACGCGCCGCUUUCCGCCGCUGGAGGAGCGCGCGGUACCAACUUCUUCUCCGGCAUGGGAAAGACGAUGCGCCUUUUGAGCCAUUGAUCGAGGACAGCGAUGCGUUUUCGCCGUCGCUGCGCGGGGCGAGCUACUAUGCCUACGAUUGA